AUGGCAUCGAUGUUGAGAGAAGUCAAACCCAAAAACCCGCGCACAGCACGCCUCCUCAAAGCCAAAGAGCCCCAACUCGUCGAAGGCCCCAAACGCACCCUCCUCCUCCACGGCUCAAAGUGCCCAACCCCCGUGCACACAAUCCUCAAGACCUUUCACUCCCUCACAAAACCGAACUCCGUCCUUUUCCACAAGAAGAAUGAGAACAUCCGCCCUUUCGAAAGCACCGAGAGCCUCGAGUUCCUGGCCAACAAGAACGAAGCCGGAGUGGUCGUGUUCGGCAGCAGCUCCAAGAAACGACCCAACUGCAUCACACUCAUGCGCGUGUUCGACUCGAAGACGCUUGACAUGUGCGAGAUGAUGCUGCUCCCCGGCGAGAGUGGUGAGGAUGCGGUUCCUGCGAUGAAUAAUCUCGUGAUGCAGAUCGGGGUUGGGUUACGGCCGAUGCUGAUUUUUGCGGGGAGUCCGUGGGAUGACGAGACUUCGAUGGCGCAUGUUAUGCUCAAGAGCAUGUUCACUGAUAUGUUCAAGGGCGAGGAGAGCGACAAGAUCGAUGUUGAGGGGUUGCAGUAUGCGCUUAUGGUUGCUGCUGAGGAGCCGGCGCAGGGUCUUGCGCCUGUUAUUCACCUGCGGUGGUAUAAGCUGCGGACUAAGCGUAGUGGUCACAAGCUUCCUCGCGUUGAGCUGGAUGAGAUAGGUCCUAAGCUGGACUUCAAGAUUGGUCGUUUGCAGGAGGCGCCGCGGGAUGUCAUGAAGGAGGCCAUGAAGCAGGGCAAGAGGCCGAAUGAAGAGGUUAAGUUGAAGAAGAACAUUGGCAUGGAUGCGAUUGGUGAUAAGGUCGGUCGUGUGCACUUGGCCAAGCAGGACCUGGGUGGCUUGCAGACUAGGAAGAUGAAGGGAUUGAAGCGCCGUGCUGGUGUUGAGUCGGAUGAGGAUGAGGAUAUGAUGGAUGUUGAUGAGGUUUCGGAGGAUGAGGGUCGCAAGAGGACACGGACGGAAUAA